AUGGAGUAUAACGAAGUAAAUGCGAAUGAAUUGGAUCAGAAUCCACAAACAUCUGAAGUGAAAUCGAAAAGCGAAGACUGUCAUAUUUGUUCUAAAUUGUUUGAACUGGCUCGACAAAAUGAGGCAUUCAAGAAUAUGGUCGAUCGGCAACAAGAGUUAUGUAACGAUCUGAUUAAGCUGUACACUCUACUGCAAAACUCUGCUCGAAAUGAUUUCGAUCCGGCGGACAGACAGCCUGGUACAAUCAAGCCAUGUCCCACAGUCUCCGCAAGAUUACCUUCGAGGUCGGUCCGAAUAGAGCCCUCUAUUUUGGACCCAAUCUAUCCCAAUUCACAAUGCAAGACAUGCGCGCAUGAGUUUAUGAAAAAGUUAAUAAAUGACCAUUCUGUUGAUUUGAAAGUGGUGGAACAAGAACAACAGCCGUGUCUUCGCUGUUACAAUCAGCGCUACAAUCCUUGUCCGAACAAUUAUCCAGUGAGUUCAACGUUUGUGCACUGCCCUGCAGCUGUUCAUCCCGAUUGGUCCAUCAGUAGUGCGGAUCGUACGAAUACCGUGAAAACGGAAGCUUGGCAGCAGAAACAUAAUUCACCUUCUGUACAAACAUACGGACCAGUUUUCUCACCGCACAUAGAGAAUGGUUGCAUGCAACAAGUGGAAGAAGCAUACGAGAUUCAUGCUCCGAUCCAUUCUAAUCUGUGCGCAACAUCUUCGUCAAAGAAUUUCCGGUGUUUAGAGAAACAAAAUGUCGCCCCGGUAAAAGGUUGCUCCUCGUUAGAGAAUGUGAACAAACAAGGUAAUGCUUACAUUUGGACUAUCAACAGUUAUUGUGCUAUCGAAGCUGCCGAGUGUGGUUUUUGGAGUGAACCGUUUUAUUUGGGCGAACCGGGAUAUCGUUUUCGUGCAAAAAUUGAAUUUACCACAUUUCAUAUGGGAAUUUUUAUUCAGCUACUGCCAGGCGAAUACGAUGACAGUUUGCAAUGGCCAUUUCGCUGUUCCAUACAGUUUGUACUCAUCGAUCAAACCAUGAGCGGCCGAAAUUUGUCCCGAAUAUUGAAACCGUUCCCAGAAGAUGAGGACGAGCGUGGGGUGUGGGAUCGACCGAGGCCGGAUGACUGGAGUUCUGUAAUGAGUGAAUCAAACAGGUGCACAAUUGUGGGCAAAACUGAUGCGUGGGGAUUGCCCGAUUUUGCUCCCCGAUCGCUGCUAGGCGGGCCGAAACCACAUGGACGAAAUGAUUAUGUGCGUAAUGAUCGCAUGUACGUGGCAAUACGACUGGUGUAA